AAUAGCUGUUAUUUAAUAAAAUUUAUAAAAAAAAAAAAGGGGGGGGGCAGAGCAGAACUUCAGUGUGUCUUAGGAUGUUAUAGAACUGAGGUGUGGACAACACUUUCUGAGGGUUUUGGUCAAACACAGUAGGCCCAAGGUAGCUCAAAGAUCCAGAAAAAAAGUUUGGUAAAUAAUUACACUCUUUGCCAUGGCUUGAAAUAAUUUUGAGUGGCCUUUGGUUGAGAUUUUUGAGUUUUGUGGAGGGGAAAAAAGAGGGAGGAAAGGAUUUCACUUUGAAACUAAAAUCUACAUCUGGCUGGUCAAGGUUGUGUAUUCUUUUUUUAGUAUUAUUUAAACAUUGCUUCACUUUAAGUAAUAUUUUCAUAAUUAGUGAUUUGAACUUCAUAAAAACAUUGGCAUGAACUGCAGUAUAAAGAUGAGUUUUAAGAGGGUAAAAGCAUCUUUUCAGAAAUUAAAAUAUUUUAAUGGUAACAUACGUAAAGCUUCCAGUUGCCUUUGACAUACUUGCACACUAUGCAUUGACAAACUUCAUAGGUGAACCAAGAUUUAAAAUAACCUGCUUUGUGGGUUGGAUUAAAUACAAUUCUGCAAAGAAUUCUGCAGGUUUGUUGUGUUGGGACAACUGCAGGGACAGUGAGGAGAUGAGUAUAUGUGAGUAAAAAAGGGCUCUGAAGUGGGAUUUCUGAUGAAGAAACAGUACAUGGCACUAGUGACAAAAUUUCUCCCUCUGGAGUAUAAUUCAGCUCUAACUCUGCCAACUUUCAGUGGAAUUUUAAUUAUUCUGAAAGCCAGAAUGGAGCUUAGUGUUUUACUUUGCCCUCAUUGCUUUGUCCUUCGUACUUUCAAGAAGUGGAGUUCAGUAUGAAUCUUGUUUUAAGCUGCUCCAUAAACGUGACGGUGGUUGAAGAGAGAACCUUCCAGAGAGCCUCUGACUGAGCUGUCAUACUUGUCAAUUUACAGUAUCUGGUUUUACGACAAGAAUGACUGUCAUCGAAUAGCAAAACUCAUGGCUAAAGUGGUCGAACAAGAAGCUCAGAGAUCGCAGCAAGUUUCCCAGGACAGAAAAAGUCCCAGCAGAACCAAUGGCUGCAAUGAAAACAGGCCCAUUGACAUCCUGGAAAUGCUAAGUAAAGCUAAGGAUGAAUAUGAACGAAAUCAGAUCAAUUGCUUAAGUAUUAUAUCAAGUUCUGGAAUGCAACAAAAUGCAAAUCCUCCAAAGCCAGAAAGCACAGAGCCUUCAGAGCUAAGAACUUCAUUACAAGUACAAGAGCAGCCAUUUCAGUCAAGGCAGAAGCAUCUGACUUUGGAGGAACUGUUUGGAACCUCUGUACCAAAGGAACAGCCCGCAGCUCCGUAUCCCAAUCCUGAGAGAAUGGAGAAGUUGCAGACUGACACCUCUGCCAGAGAGCAGCACAGUUUGCUCUUGCCUUUUUCCUUUGACCAGUCAACAGUAAUACAACAAUCACUAGGGAAAUCUGAAAGUCCAAGCGUUAAGACCAGUGCCAAUCCUUUGAAUCAGCAGGAAUGUUUAACACCUAUGCUAAUACCUCCAGCUUCAGUCUCCCAGCCUGAUAUAAAAAAUGUUUCAAGCUAUUCAGUUCGCAUAAGCCCUAUUCUUAAUUCAGCCUCGACAAUGGAAGCUGCCCCUGCUCAGAUGCUUCCUGGCCUAAAACAAAACAACAGUAUAAUACAAGUUAUGCAGCAAGCUGCCAAGCAGAUAUCCCCACUAGUGAAUCAGCCGCCAUCUGAAGUGAACCACGCUCCACAAAAUCUAAUGGCUGGCCAAAGCCAGCUUGUAGCACCCUUGACAUCAACAAAUACGGGAACUGUCUCAAAUACAUCCCAUACAAGUGUUGAUCUUCUCCAGAAACUCAGGUUGACCCCACAGCAUGACCAAAUGCAACAGCAGUCUCUCACUAAGACUUCCUUAACACCAAACAUCUCUGCCUCAAUUGGCCAACUUGCAACACCAGAAAGCUUCAAAGAAUCUCACAGUAAGCCAUCAACCUUAAACAGCAAGAUAAUCUCUCCCCUUCAGACUGUACAACAAAACAAGGAAUCAGAAGUAUUUCCACAGCCGAAGACUUUGUGUAAAGCAAGUCAAGUUGCACCUCCGCAGUUUGUUACAGCCACAACUACAGUAACACCUUCAAUCCUCUUGUCUCCUAGUGUUUUUCAGCAAUCAGCUACAAAAGCUGCUGAAGUGGAGAACAAAGCCAAUUCUUCUUCACCUUUAACACUUGGAACAACAGAAAUUCAGACUAUACCUCCUACUGUUCUCAGUAGGUCUCAGCUUCAAGAAGCACUGAUACAUCUAAUAAAGAAUGAUUCACGUUUUCUCAGCACUAUUCAUGAAGUCUACUUGCAAGUCCUAACCAAGAAUACAGACAACAUUAAGCUAUAAUUGAAGCUAAAUCUACUUAAAAUAUGUCCAUUUUAGAAACACUUAUGCCUCAUCUAUAAAACUAAUAUUUUUCUAAAAGAAUAUUUAGUUUUCAACGUCUUGAAUUUGAACUUGUUAGGAAAGACUAUUCCUUAAAUACUUAUGAAAGUAAUGUUCUCAGAAGUGAUCUAGGUUUUCACUGUGAUCAUCACCAGCAAACCUUUGUUUUUCUUGGGGAAAGGACUUAAGUUGCAUUUGAGCUGUCAUUAGCAUUAAGUGAAUGUGCAGAUGUUUGCUCUGGCUUUCAUUCCUAGCUGUAUUCACUAUUCAAGGGUUACAGACUUAAUACUAUUUAAACCAGCAAAUACAUAGUACAGUACACUACACCACACCAGAACACAAGUCAGUUGUGGGAACCCAGUUCCAGUUUGAAGGACUGAGGAAAAGGAGAGCAAAAUGCCUUGUGAUUAAAUUGUCAGAUGUGGGGAAAGGAGCAGGUCUGGAAGCCAGGCCUUUGGAGCUGACAAUACAUUGACAGUGUCUAGCUAGUGCACAUAAAUUCAUCUUUUAAAUAUUCCAUUAAUCAUAUCUGCUUCUGCAUCACUGCCAUUAAACAACUAUCCAAGUGAGUAAGGCCAUUUUCUGUGAAACAGCAAAAUUUUAAAUAUGCAAAAUGCUCAGUGAUUGUAAUGUUGGGGUAUUUUUUUUUUUAAGCGACAGAACAGUUCUGUUGCAUGGAAGUUCUCUUGUUUUAAAUUUUUAGUUAGGAGACCACCGCUGGAAGGCCCUCCUGUCCAGCAGUGUUGGUUAUAAUUUAAAUACUUUGUUUCCCUUUUAGCUUAAGGAUGGACCAUGUUGUAGUUGGCUUUCAUUCCUCAGUUGCGUUGGAACUGCAGUGUUGAAAACUAUGCAUAUGGAGAAUAAAUGCAUGCUUUUCUUCUGUUGGCUUCUCCCCAGAUUGAUAGUGCACAUUUCAUAGCCUGAAAUUUAUUUAAUUAAAAUGUUACCGCUUCUUAUGUGUAAUUUAGUAAUUCACUGUUCGCUAAUACAAGAAUUUAACUGGAUACUUUCACAUUUGAAAUCGGAAAAUUUCUAAUUGUAGUUUCUUAUGCUGCUGUGUAGGUUUACCCAUGGCUUGUAUUUAUUUCCUAAAGUCAUGCAAAGGUAAUUAAGACUUCAGGUCCCAACUUUCUUCAGCAAUAGUAGUUCUAAAGGAUGCUUUUCUGAUAGAACAGUUUGGGUUUAUGGAGUAAAAAGAUAAUCUGUAGUGAGAUAUGAUGCACUGCUGCUUUCUUUUCCCUCAAGCACUAUUGAAAUAUGAAGAAAAAAAUUGUUUGGCUCCUUAUAGCAUAUAUGUAUGUAUAUAUCCUAAGGAUUAGUUAAUGUUGACAUAGUCAAGGUGCAUGGUCAUUUAAUUGGAAACUAGCAAUUGAGCUUUAAAUGUGACUUGUUCACAAAUCGGUAUGUUUUAGAUACAUAAAUAUGUAAGUAUUUGUUUUAUUUGAUCUAUUUUAGGUUUUUUUUUCAUAGCUUUUUAGUGGAAAAUAUAUUUUGUUUAGCACUACCUGCCUUCUGAAAAGCUCUUCUCAGCCUUUGAGUUCAGUGUUUCCAGUUAAAAUAUAUAGUAUUUUGUUAUGAAAAUGUGCAAGAUUCAGGGAAGGAUGCUAGUGUCGUGCACAUUCAUCAAGAAAUAUAUUGGCUUUAAUGGUAGCAUUUGAAUUCAGCAAUAUAAACUCAGCCUUGUUAAGGAAGAUAGGAGCUUCUAGAGUUGUAACACUGUGUAUGUGCAUAAACAAGGAAACUGAAAUUAGACUUAAGGUUUAAACUGUUGGCUUUUUUUAGAAAAAGUUUCACUAAAAGGGACAAACCAAUAAGCAGUUCCUCUGAACAAAAGUGGGUAAUCUAAACCAAAUAGUUGCUUUUUAUCUGGAUUUAGCAAAGAUGAAGUCUGUAACUUCUCACUUCUUGUGGGUAGCUUCCAGUUUCUUCAAAGGAAAAUUUGAUAAAAGUUUCUAAGAUAAAAAUAACGGAAGCUGAUAGUGCAUAUUUGUACUGUUUGCUGAAUACAGUCUUAUCCAAAGAUCUAUAGAAAUGCUAGGAAGGAGUUGUAUUUUGAGUUUCUCAGUCAUAUACAUUUGACAAAAGUAAUACUGUUUAGAGUAUUAGUGCUGUUAUGAGCAUUUGACUCUACUUUGCAUAUCCUUAACUUGUUUCCAGCUGUCCAGGAACCCCCCACAAGCAUUUGGCAGAUCCUUACUUUACUUUGGUCUCAUAGUGUAUAAGUAGCAAUAAACUACUGGAUUACUUUUACUUUGCCUGCCCUUUGCGCCACCCCCCCCCAAAUGAAUUGGAAGAGAAACAGAGUUGAUGUCACAGUUACUAGGCAGGCAUUUUUACAGCAAGCAAACCUGUUCAUCUUGAACACCUGCACAUUUGUUCUAACCUCUCCGUGUAGCCAGCAGACACUGGAACUAAGCUAAGUGUCACCCAGUACACCGCAGAGAUUGAUGGCAAGUGCCAGGGUAGUGGGUUUAACAGAUAAACCUCUUUAAUGAAAAGUUGCAUUGUAAAACACAAGCUCAACUACAGUGUAAAAUUUGAACUUUUUUUUUCAAUGUGGACUGUGUUAUUUAACAACCUUUUUUCCUGAUUACUUUAACUUGUUGUAUAAAUCUAAAAUUAUCAGCUUGUCAAAGUGCUUGAUUCAUGUUAUCCGCAUGUAGGGAUAACUAGUGUGUAGAAGUUAUUGUGGGUCAUCACAGGAAAUUUUUGUGACCGUUUUCAAGUGAUUUUUUUUCUUUUUUGUAAAACUACUGGCUUAAUGGGAUUUUACCUAUUAGUUCUGAAAAUUAAAAGAUUGAUAGUUUAGACUAUACUCCCCAAAUUAAUUGUAUUAUCUAAGCAUGUGUUUUGUGGCUAGUGUUAAGUCACUUUAAAAAAAAAAAAAAAAAAAAAAGGUAAACAAAAAAACCCCAAAUGCAAACCUAAUCAAGACAGUUGUAAAACCUACAGCUGCUGAAUUGUUCAGGAAAAUACAAUUUCUCAGUUUUUUAGUUAGACUAUCUGCUAUUAUUUAAUAAUGCAAAGUUUAUAUGAAAGGUGCCUAACAGCUAUUAACAUAAAAGCAGUAGAUCUUUCCAAAUUAAACAAGAUUUGCAGAACAAUUGAAUAAAGUUUAAAGAAAAUUUAAGUGAUUCAUCUUGAUUUCGUAUAAAAUGUUUAAUUCUGUGUAUAAAUACUCAAUAUAAUAUUUAAACGCUGCUGGAUGUAUCUCAUUUUCGCUUGCAUUUCUAAUUGCUUCACUUUGGUAUAUUUCUGAAACCCAUUACGCCGUGUGUAGUCACUGAUGUAAUUUCUGAAAUAAUUUUGAAAAAAAACUUUAAUUUGGGACUUCUUGUUUUUAAAAGUAUUCUAAACAAAUCAGCCACCUUUUUGCCAGGUAUUUGGGUUGCUUUGUACAGCAUAUCUUAACAGGAGGAAUGUGUGCAAUAUAUAUCACCUCAGUUUUGUCUGGCAAUGUUACAAAAAUGUUAAGAUGCAUUAUCUUCCUUUCACUUAAAGUUGAAAAAAUUACAGUAUCUCUAAUUUGGUCGUGUAUUUAUUUUUAUCUAUUUAGUGUACAGACAUAUGGUUAGUUAGGCUUUUUUAUGUACACUAUGUGCUUUUAGCAAUUUCUGAGUAUUAUCACUUUUGUGGAUGCACCAGUUGUACCCAUUUGCAUGUUCUUUCAAUAUGAAGACCACGGGGAAGGGGGGGCUUCAGAAGAGAUUUCUGGAAACCGGAAUGAGAAUAAUUCUAAGUCAUUAAAUGUAGAUACUGCAUCAUUAACGUUUUUGGUAUGGUAUGGAUUUUAUAGCACCUAUGUAUGUUUGCAGUUAUUAAGUUAUUGCAUAAAUGUUUAAGAAUGAACAUUUUUUCAUCCAAAAUUUUGUAUGUUUGCAAAUAUAUUUUUGUAAUAAAACUUCAAAACAAAUGUU